AAAAAAAAUUAUUUCAUGAAUAUAUUUUGAAUUAAUAAGACAUACCAACAUUUUAUUCUGUGAGAAAUAAUAAACUAUUUUUGUGUGAAAAUAAUUGGGAAAAAUUAUAAAGGAAAAAAUGUCCAGCAAAAACGAUUCUCUCAUCGAUGAGGAUAUCGACUAUCAAACCGUUUCAACGGGUCAUUCCAUCAGCAUUGAACGGCCGGAACGUCUACACGAAUGGCUCAAAGCGGAAGACAUCGAGUACAUACGUCAUAAAUUUUUCUCUCAUCCAUUGCAAAAGCUCAAUGUUAAAGAGCUUCGUGAAGUGCUCGACAAUCUCAGUAUACAAUUCACUGACAUUGAAUAUAACCGGCUCUAUUUGAAAAUCAAUCAGAAUCGUGAUUUUCUUUGUGACUGGAAUGAAUUCAUAUCUUAUUUGAUAUUUGGAUUUCAGGAAGACGACCCAAGCACUCAGAAGGAGGCACUCAUACUGCCAAUAUCAACUGCACCUGUAGUUAAAAAAUCAGAACAUCGUUCGCCGAUUUGUUCCAUAAGCCUGUUGCGUGCACAAGUUGAUGAAGUGGAUGAAGAGGAUAUUAGCAAGCAAUUAAAUGGAGCACUCGAAGAUUCGCCCGAAGCUUGUGGCAUGUGGAUAACGGCAAGUCGAGAGGGACAAAUACGUUUCUGGUCCAAUACGCUUGAACCAUUGCGAACAGUCGUCUCGACAAGUAUCCAUCUGAAAAUGGCCACAUGGAUACUUCAAGUGCAAGCCCUAUCCGAUGUGAGUAUCGUUUGCACCUCAUCGACCGAAAGAGAGUUGCGUUUUCACGAGACGGUUGCCUCAACUUUUACCCUGCGUAUCGUGAUACGUAGUUUACCAUUCGCGGUCUGUAGCAUGUCGUACAGCUUCCAUCCGAAAGGCAAAACGAACUCCAAGUUGGUACUCGGUGAUUAUGGUGGAAACGUGCGUAUUUUGGAAUUCACGCCAUUUCUGCGGGGUCCCUUUCAGAGUAAACCAGGCGCAGCUCUGGUAGAGCUCUUUUGGACCGAUGUGCUGAAGGGCAAACUUCCUUUGAUGAGUGUGCGCGAAUAUCCAAAUAUUCAUAGCGAGUUAAUACAGCAUGUCUACUAUUCGAUACGUAUGAACUCCCUCUUCGUGGCUGCUGAAUAUCGGAAUGCAAAAAAAUAUCGUGCUCGCUGCCCGGGCCUGAUCAUUGCUUCGGGCGAGGAUAAAACCUACUUCCGCAUACCAAUGGGUGUUUCGUGUUUUUUUGUUUCUGAGAAAAACAACAUUGUCGUGACUGGCGGACCCGACACUUUUGUACGUGUCUGGGAUGUAUAUAUCUCAAGCAAACCUUCUGGUAUUUUAACUGGGCACAAUGGCGGUGUUGUGUACAUCUUCGUGCAAGCGGAGGAGAAGAAAAUUUACAGCGUCGACUAUCAUAAAAUCAUUAAGAUCUGGCACAUGACCGAGUAUACUUUGUUACAGACUUUUGGCGAUUUGGUGCGUAUUUUAUCAUCCGAAACGGACUUGUGUUAUAUGUAUCAUCCAUUAUCGCGCGAUCUACUUGUUGGCGGUCGUAAGUUGAUCAGUAUAAAGUGUUGCGCGCGUAUUCGUGUCGACCUUACCGACGGCAACACCCAUGCAGCGCCCGUCUCGGUCGUACUCUACAAUGGGCUAUUCCGCAAUGUGGUCACUUGUGGCUUGGAUAGCUAUAUAAUAGUGUGGGAUCCAUGGACGGGUCGUCGCAAGAUUAUUAUGAAAAGUUGUCAUACAAAAAUGGAAUAUGGUGAAACAAUUGAUAUCGAAAUUACAGCAGCAUGUUUUGAUCCACUCGAGCAAUUUCUUUUGACUGGCGCCCGAGAUGGUUCCUUAAAAAUAUGGAAUUACAAUAAUGCGGUGUGUAUGCGUAAUAUGAGCAUAAUGCCGGAACAUGAGGUCACAGCUGUGAUUUGGGUCGUUGAGCGCAUUCUGGCAGUUGGUUGGGAUCAGCAAGUCACCGAAUUCAAUGAUGUUGAGGGUCGCGAGUAUGGCGACCCCAAGAAAUGGACGAAAUUCCAUAAUGACGACAUCACUUGUGCCGAUGUAAAGUUGGGCGAAGGUGUUGUCACGGCGACCUACUCUGGCGAAUUGAUCUUUUGGAAAUUAGAAACUGGUCAACCAUACCGAAGAUAUAGCGUAGCAGAUCCUACACGUUUUAUUGAGCUUAAACACAGAGACUCCGAUGAAAACGCUACAGGACGACGUGUUUCACAACAUCUCAGCAUUUCACGUUUUGUGCGCAAAUCUAUUUCGGAGGGCAUACUUCGGAUGGAGACACAAAUGAAUAAGAAGCCCACCUCAUUCGAGCACACAUUCUCCGAUGCUGAUUUGCGUGAUGAUUUGGCUUAUGCGCUGUCGUUGCGCUCUACACGGCCUGUAUCUGUACAGGCGGUGCUUUUUCUACAGACGAGACCAAUGACAAAGGAACAUGGCAGCAUCUUUGUCGCACUCGACACCGGCAUUAUUCAGGUGUAUUCACAUCAUCAACGUGGCGGCUAUCUUAAUGAGUUUCUCUCAACUCAUCGUACUGGCGAUUGUGUUUUGACCAUGGCGACUGAUCGAAAGAACCGUUAUCUGUUUACGGGUACGGCGUUCGGUUAUAUAAAGAUUUGGCAUGUUGCCAAUUACUGUAUACCGGCGCAGGAAAAACAACAUGUUUGUAUGCCUUUGCUACGUUUGCAGUUCAUAUUUAUGCGCAGGGAACGGUUUUUAACACGCUCGAAACGUGUAGUUAGACAUCAGCCGGAGCCAAUGCUGUUAAGUUCAUACAAGGCGCACAUUAAAGCGGUGAAUUCGAUAGUAUACAUAAAUACGCCGAAAAUUUUAUUAACUGGUAGUCACGAUUGCUCCUGCCGCCUUUGGUCAUUAGGCGGUCGCUAUCUUGGCACCUUGGGUACACCUUUGCCGUGGCUGAAAUUGUCACCAUUUGAGACAGUGGAAGAAGAUCAUCGUUAUCGUUUGCCGCCUGAUAUUAAGAAGGUGGCUAGUUCCACAACAAUGAAGGUCAUAACUGGCGUGCAGGAGGAGAAAAGACCUGUACACUAUGAUCCAAAAACAGCUGAUGACGAAGAAGCUGUCGAAGCAGAGGCAACUGCACGCAUGUAUGGCAAACCGCUUAAAGAGCCCAUACUUGGCAAAUAUUUUGCUUUGCCUGGAAAAAGUGCUACCGAGCAACGAAUCGAUUUGGAUACAUCACUCUCAUACAUACCGGUUUUUACACAUUUGAAAAUACACGAAGCAGAUGACAUUGAACGACCACCUACACCGCCGGCAAUACGAAAAAUAAGCAAUGAAGACUACAUGGAAUUCUAUGAUCCGAACAAGAAGGAGCGACCAGGACAAAAGAAAAGAGAUGCUUAAAUGUACAUGAACGUUUGAACUAAAAUUUUGAAAAAAACGCACACUAUAAGCAAUGAUGGUUGUAUACACAUUUUUUAUUAUUUACUUUAUAUAAUUAAAAAAUUUAACUAAUUACAAAUCGUUCAACAUUUCGUAUAUAUCUUAGAAGCUAAUGCUCGAAACAUAAUUGUGCAUAAUUUAUAAGGUUAUUAAAUAGCUAAC